UGCACUAGAAACGAAAAAAAUAGGCAGUGGAAAAUCCAAAGGUCUCAAAAAAUGCAACCAGGUGCCUCAUGCCGGCAAAUCCCGCUUCGUAGAGCAUGGCCCGUACUGUCAUGAAGACGCCUGAGACCGGCCCGCAAGCAACCGCGCAGACUCCGAUUCCGAGUCGCUGCCGAGCAAAACAAAAAUCGAUUACCGUCAAACGCCAUGUGUUCGCGUUGAUUACCUCCUAAAGCCAAAGAAAAGUGACUUCGGCGUUUCUUAGCGAUUCCGGCUGGGGAGUGAGUAAUGUUACCUAUCUAACGAUCACCGUACACUCAGUCGCAUCAAGAUAGCUUGAACAAUUGCGUGGAGUUGGAAUUUUAAGUGGGAAACAAGUCGAUUGACUCGCACUCGAUUGCAUCACAUUGUCAUAGCGCCACCGCCCGUGCGUGGAUUAAAACCGCCGCUUGCUUGCCAUAAACAUAUUUGAAGUGCAGAAGAGUCUUUUUAGCUGACCCAGAAAUGGCAACGAAUCUGAGUUCAGGGAGCGUCGUCGAUGGAAGCCUGUCCAAAGAGGUGAAGAGCGUGAUUCCCCGGAAUAGACAAGAUGUCCUGAAGUGGUAUGGGUGGGGAUAUAAAAAUGCAAAAUUCUCUUUCAAAAACAACUCAAUAACAUUUGAAGGAGAUCAGUAUACUUUAGGAGGUCAAACCUUACCGCAUUUCACUAAGUGGGUGGAAGAUCAAUUUGACUUUAAACUAAGCGAUAUCGAACGAUAUCCUAACAUUCCUCAAGAAUUUCCAGAACCAAAAAGAAACGUCCCUUUCCUCGAAUCGCUACAAUCAACUGGGAUAUUAUUUUCAGAUAAAGGAGAAGAUCGUUUGGUUCGUUGCCACGGUCAAACCUUACACGACAUCUACACUUUGUGGGAAAAUAGUUAUGAGAGAAUUCCUGACUUGGUGAUUUGGCCGAAAAAUCAUAAUAAUGUAGUGAAUAUAGUAAAACUUGCCAAUGAACAUAACGUUGUCCUCAUUCCUUACGGUGGUGGAACAUCGGUUUCGGGGUCGAUAACAUGUCCCCAAAAUGAACCUCGCAUGAUAGCCAUUGUGGAUACAUCUCAAAUGAAUAAGAUGCUUUGGCUAGAUAAACAAAAUUUGACGGUUUGUUUUGAAUCUGGAAUCAUCGGGCAGGAUUUGGAGCGCGAAUUGCAAAAACUCGGUCUGACCGUUGGUCACGAACCUGAUAGUUAUGAGUUCUCAACGCUUGGUGGAUGGGUGGCAACGCGAGCUUCGGGAAUGAAAAAAAAUGUUUAUGGAAAUAUCGAAGAUAUUGUGGUGAGAGUGAAAAUGGUAACUACGAAGGGCGUGCUAGAAAGAGAAUGUUCAGCGCCACGAGUCUCCUGCGGACCAGAUUUGAACCAUGUGAUACUAGGUUCAGAAGGAACACUGGGCAUUGUUACUGAAGUUGUACUUAAGGUUCGUCCACUACCACCUGUUAAGCGAUACGGUUCUUUGAUUUUCCCUGAUUUCGAAAGCGGUGUGAAAUUCAUGCGUGAAGUCGCUAGACGCCGCUGCCAACCAGCUAGUGUACGUCUUAUGGAUAACGAACAGUUUCGUUUUGGACAAAGCUUAAAACCUGUUAGUUCCUGGUUUCAUAGUGCAAUUGAGAAAGCCAAACAGGCGUAUGUAACUAAGAUUAAAGGUUAUGAUUUGAGUAUGGCUUGCGCGGCAACUCUAUUGUUCGAGGGUGAAGCAGAAGAUAUUCAAAGGCAGGAGAGUGUGAUUUAUGAAAUCGCCAAAAAGUACAAGGGAUUUCCUGCUGGAGGGACAAACGGUGAACGGGGAUAUAUUCUUACAUUCGUCAUUGCCUAUAUACGAGAUUUUGCUCUCAAUCAUCAAAUUGUUGCUGAAUCGUUUGAAACAUCGGUACCUUGGGAUAGAUGCGCUCUGCUCUGCCGCAACGUCAAGUACAAAGUAAAAAGCGAAUGCGAAAGACGCCACAUAAAAAACUUUUUAAUAUCUUGUCGAGUGACGCAAACUUACGACGCCGGAUGUUGUGUUUACUUUUAUUUUGCUUUCAAAUAUGUUGGCAUCAAGGAUCCAGUUGGAACUUAUGAAGCAAUAGAAAAUGCAGCCCGUGAUGAAAUCUUGGCAUGUGGGGGAUCACUAUCGCACCAUCACGGUGUUGGGAAAAUACGAAGUAAAUGGUAUCCAAAAACUGUUUCUGAAACAGGAGUAGGACUUUACAAGGCGGCGAAAAAUGAAUUGGAUCCUAAAAACAUAUUUGCCGCUGGAAAUUUAAUUCCCAAUGAACAUGAUCAUCAUACUAAAGCCAAACUAUAGUAUUAAUUUAGAGGUAUUAUCGUUGUGUUUCUAAUUUGUCGUAAGAGUUUUGAUUUCGUGUCAUUUUAUUUUUACUUUUGCUAAAGUACCAAAGAUGCUACUACUGAACAAUACUAGUAAUUAUGUUGCCACAUUCGAUUUUAAAUAAACAAAAUUGAGACUAGUUUUUUCCAUA